GGGAGGAGACUCUGACAAUGAAUGUGCUGAGAACACAUGUUUACAAUGGUGGAGGAGAGAGGGGGGAAGAAUGGAGCUGCACUGGAUCACUGAACACUAUGGUGCCUCGUUUGGACAGCCUGUCAGUCAAUGAAGCCAGCAACAGAAGGACACAGAAGAGUCACGGUGACCUGCAGUGUCGCAGGAGGAAAAUGCAAAGCAGAUAUUAAAUCACUAAAGCUGAUAGAAUUUGACUUUGCUGCUCUUUAUCAAACUCUUCCUGAUCCCAAACAAACUGAGACAAGUCAUCACAGGCACAAACAGGACAAACACUCCUCAGGGAUGACGAGUGCUCAGCUGCUGAAAACUUCAGCGGAGGACUCUGUGUUUGGCGCCCAGCCUCCCCACAGGAUGGCCGCCUCUGUACCCGCUGUUCCCCGCAGCGUCCUCGGCCCCUCGCCUCCCCCUCCAGCUGUCUGGCCUCCUCUGGACUUCGCCCUGGGCGCUCUCGCCUGCUGUGCAGCCUGUGUGUUCACCAACCCUCUGGAGGUUGUAAAGACUCGCCUGCAGCUGCAGGGAGAGCUGCGUGCACGGGGAUCCUACCAGAGACACUACCGGGGAGUCCUGCAGGCCCUGUGGGUGGUGGGCCGCACAGACGGGCUCCGGGGCCUGCAGAAGGGGCUCUCAGUUGGGCUGAUGUACCAGGGGGUGAUGAACGGUGUGAGGCUGGGCUCCUACUCCUACUGUGAGGCUCUGGGCAUCACCUCGUACCACGGGGGGAGUCUGCUGGCAGGGGCAGGUGCCGGGGCGCUGGGUGCCUUCAUCGCCUCUCCUGCCUACCUGGUCAAAACCCACCUGCAGGCUCAGACUGUGGAAGCCAUCGCAGUAGGUCACCAGCACAACCAUCUGGGAGUGUCUGAUGCCUUUGUUACCAUCUAUAGAAGAGACGGUUUAAUUGGUCUUUGGAGAGGUGUGAACGGGGCUGUGCCUCGAGUCAUGGUUGGAUCAGCUGCUCAACUCGCAACCUUCACCUCCGCCAAGGACUGGGUGUCACAUUCCCAGUGGUUUAGUCCAAACAGCUGGCUCACGGCUCUGAUAGCUGCCAUGAUCAGCGGGGUCGCUGUGGCGAUCAGUAUGACGCCAUUUGAUGUCAUUAGUACGCGGCUCUACAACCAGCCGGUGGAUGAGUUUCGUAGGGGCCGUCUUUACCAUGGGUUUUCAGAUUGUAUGCUGAAGGUGUGCCAAGCUGAGGGCCUGCUGGGGUUGUAUAAAGGCAUGGGCCCCGUCUUCCUGCGUUUGGCCCCACACACAGUCCUCAGCAUGCUGUUUUGGGAUCUGAUGCGGCAGCAGACAGUGAAGGACACCCAGAGCCAGGGAAGGAGCUAAAACAUCCUGAACGCCUGAUUGACUGGACUCAGUUACAGCCAUUGAAGUGGUCCCCCGAUUAAUGACUUAAUUUAAAGCAAAUGUUUGACAUUUUGGUAAGUAUGAUUAUUUGAUUUAUUGCAGAGAGUCAGAUGAGAGGACUGAUACCACUUUCAUGUCUGUACAGUAAAUAUGAAGCUACAGCUAGAAGCUGGUUAGUUUAACUGAGCAUAAUGACUAGAAACGGGAAAAACAGCCAGCCUGGCGCUGUCCAGCUAUAGGAAAAUCCACCUAACUGCAUCCAUAAAACCAGAUAAUCAACACAUUCUGUGUAUUUGAUUCAAUCUGCAAAACCAAAUUUAAAAAAUGUAAACUUGCUGUUUCACAGAUAAUUAUGUGCUGGACUUAAUAUUCUUGGGUCACCAGGAGCCAAGAAAAGGACCAGCACAUAACUACAACAUAGCAAAUGAGCAUUUUUACACUUUUUAUAUAAAAAAUAAGCCCCUGACAUAUUCCUUAGUAGGCUUAAGAGGUGCUCGUAGGUGGAUUUUGUUACUAUUUGAAAGAGCCAGGCAGGCUGUUCCUCUCUUUCCAGUCAUUAUCCUUAGUUAAGCUAACCGGCUGCUGACUGCGGCUUCAUAUUUACUGUGUAGACAGAGUCAUAUUGAUUUCUUUUCAUCUAACGCUCUGCAAGAAGUGAAAAAAAAAAUUUGCCAAAAUGUCAAAGUGAUCAUUUAAAUGAAACUCACCACGUCUGAAGCAAGGAGGAUGAUUGGAUGAUUCACAUACUUGAUAAAGACGAACAUAUGUUGCACAAACAUUAUCAGGAGAUCCCAUCAAAGUUCUCAAUUACGUGAAAUUUCUGUCUAAUUAUCAGGUUUUUACCUCUAAUACCUCAAAUAAUGAAUUUACAAGCACUGUCUCAGGCUUUCAUAUUUCACAUAUCACACGUGGCUUCCAGGCACAUCAAUGAAGAACCACUGAGAUGAAAAACCUGUCUGGAUAUUAAAACCUAAACUCUGUAUUUCAUGUUUUUAGCCCAGUGUGGCUGCAGGGAUUUGUCACAGUUUAAUAAAUAAUUCUUGUUGCCUUGUCUGUUGUAUGUAAAGAAAAACAUCUGAUGGGAAUGUUUUUAUUUACUGACAUGCAAACUACUGGUACCUAAAGAAGAGGAUGCCAUGUGAUUUGAGGUUUUAUCCGCAGAAAGUAAACGGAUACUUUGAGCCUUUUGAACAGCAGUUGAUAAUAUUUAAUAAAGAUUUUUUUUGUACA